AUCUACUCUGAAUGGCCAGAAGUGUGCCUGAUAUGUCAGUAUUGGGCAAACGCGGAGACAGAAUUGGAAACACAAUCAACCUACUAGGGGAAGGAUUUCAAAAGUGCUCUACCAACUUGUACCAUGUCGAGACAAACCCCAACACCGAUGUCUGAAAUGGGAGGACAGAAGGCAAUGCCCGUGCUAGCUUGUCGAGGAGAACGGAUGCGCAAAUAUGUAAAUUUGUUAAGGAGGGGAGCUGUGGCAAGUUCUGCCAACAAGUUUGAUAUCUGCUCAAACCCAGACGGUGUCAUCAACCUUGGCACAUCAGAAAAUAGACUCGUUUUUGAUCUUCUCAGAGAAAGGUUGGACGGAUACAAUGUGAAAUGGGAGGACUACAUGUUCACAUACAACGACUUCCAAGGAAUUCCAGAGUUACGGGAAGCAGUUGCUGGAUUUUUGACUGAUUGUGCGAAAUCUCUGACUCCAAUUGACCCCAAAAAGAUUGUGGUGAUGAAUGGAGGUGGAAUAUGCAUGGAGGCAUUGUCGUUUGCAAUCUGUGAUCCUGGAGAUGCAGUGAUGGUUGCUUCUCCGUAUUACGGCGGAAUUGAAAAUGACAAUACCAUGCGGCCAGAAGCCAAGGUCAUACGUGUCCACUUCUACAGCAAGCUUGAGCCGGGACAGACGGAACCGUUUGAAAUCACCAUAUCCAAGUUUGAAUCGGUGUACCAGGAACAAACUCAAAAGGGAGUGAAAAUCCGAGCCGUUUGCUUCAUGAAUCCCAAUAAUCCAUUGGGAGACGUGUACCCUAAACAGUUUGUUCUGGACAUGCUACAAUUCUGCCACAGACAUUCUCUGCAUCUCAUCAUGAAUGAAGUCUACAUGAACACCAUCUUCAAGGAAGGAGCCGACUUCCAGAGUUUCCUCAGCUUCAAGCCAGAGGAGAUCCCCGAUCCGCAAAGGGUUCACUUUGUCUGGGCUGUUAGCAAGGAUUUGUCCAUGUCUGGUAUGAGAUUUGGAGUUAUUCACACUCAAAACGAGUCCAUCAUCUCAUGCAUCAACAGCUUCACCUACUUCCAGACGCUUUCCGCCUACAUUCAGAAAGUCAUGGCCUGUCUUCUGUCUGAUCGAGAUUGGUUGAACAAUGUCUACUUUCCAACCAAUCACAAGAGGUUGCGUGAGGCUCACAAAGUCACCACGGAUACCCUAGACGAGAUGGGAGUGCCGUACCUCAACCGACCGUCGGGUCUCUUCGUUUACGCUAACUUCCAAAAAUUCCUGCCGUCCCUCACCAAGGAGGAUGAGAUGGCUCUCUUCUACCGUUUCAUCGAUGACGGCGUCUACAUCGCUCCCUCCCUGGCGUUUUUCGCAGAUGAGCGUGGAUGGUUUCGCAUCAUUUUCUCCAGGCCAUUUAACGAGGUCAAAACUGCCAUGGGAAGGCUUAAGAAGAGCUGCAACGCGCUUCUAGAAGAAAACAAGAAACUGUCCUCUGCAACAGCUGUAAGUGAUGAGAGCAAAGGCGCAGGCCCUUCAGACUCCGCCCAAGGCAUGUCUCUGGAAGGUCUGCUCUCCCAGCUGAAGACUGAGAUCUCCUCCUCUGAUUGGCUGGAGAAGAACACGGCGGAUAAAUGGAAAACGGAGAAUCCUGAACUCUACAAAGAGUACAAAGCCAACAUGAAGUAGACAGAGCCAAAACAAGAUAGAAGUAUUCAAAAUUCUCAUCUUGGUUCUUCAUAUAUUUUAGAUUUAGUCAUUUCUUUAUUCCUUAUGUCUGAAUUCCCUAAAGUUAAGAUUUUUCAUUUCAUGGGGACAGUUCAAAACCAGUUCAACAAGUUAAACCAGUUCAGAACCAGUUAAAUCACCUCAAAACCAGUUAAACCACUUCAAACCAGUUAAACCACUUCAAAA